UCGCUACAGUCCGGAUACGCGGCAUUCGGACCGACCUCCCUUUCACUUUCCCAGUUGAAACCCCCCUCCCUGCUCGACGCUAGCACCGUUUGUGUAACGCCAGCCACACCAUGUCCGAAACGCAGCCCCUCCAAGACAUGCUCAAUCGAUUGCAUGAGAGAAUAGCGCAGCUUGAGGCGCACUUGGGCUUCAAGACGCCUGCGCGCGACGCGAGUAGUGGCAGCAGUGCCGCCCCCGUCGUCGAACUCGCGCCCCGCAUCACUGCCUAUGACGAGUACACUGCGUCGUUCUUGACGCCGUUCCUUGCUGCAGCCGACAAACUUGGAGAAGAAGGCAAGACGUUUGGCGGCAUCGUCAAGAGCGCGUUCGAAGGCCAGCGCACGUACCUCUUGGCCGCCAGCAUGUCCAAGAAACCAGCGACGAGCCCUGUUCCAGCGCUCCUGGCGCCAAUCCAAGAAGCCAUCAAGAGCGUCAACAAAUUGCGUCUCAAAGGCAACGAAUUUGUCAACCACCAAAAGAUGCUCGCCGAGGGCAUCCAAGGACUGGGCUGGUUGUGCGUCGAGCCGGCCCCAAAGCCCUUCAUCGAGUCGUACAUUGGAGGCGCCGACUUUUGGGGCAACAAGAUCCGCGUCGAAUUCAAGACCACCAAGCCUGAACACAUCGACUUUGUCGCAACGUUCAAGACGUUGCUCACCGAAUUGAUGGCUUACGUGAAAGAACACCACACUACUGGUGUGACGUGGAACCCGCGUGGCGGGAAUGUGGACGAGUUCUCGGCGUCCAGUGCGGCGCCGGCUGCUACUCCAGCUCCUGUUGCGACCCCGGCAGCUCCCAAGGAGCCCAAAGCUGCGGCCCCUGGUGCUCCCACCGGCUUGAACGCUUUGUUUGCUGGUAUCAAGUCGAUCGAUCAAAGCAGCGGCAAGACGGCGGGUCUGCGCACCGUGACCAAGGAACAGCAAACCUGGCGCGCUGAAUACAAAGCUGAAGGAGCGGCUCCAGCUCCCGCCCCCAAGCCUACGGCCGCCAAGCCUGCCGCGGCACCUGCUAUGCCCACUGGCGAGCCCGUGUGCGAGCUGCGUGGCGGCAACUGGUAUGUGGCGUACCAAAAGGACGUGUUCACGGUCAAGGACGUCACGAUGAAGCAACAAGUAUACAUCUUUGGGUGUGUGAACGCGACGAUUUUGAUCGAAGGCAAGGCGAAAACGAUUGCGAUGGACAAGUGCGUCAAGACCAAGCUGCUCUUUGACGCCGCCGUGUCGGCGAUUGAAAUCGUCAACUGCAAAAACGUCCAAGUUCAGUGCAAACAGCAAGUGCCUUCCGUGGCCAUUGAUAAAACGGACGGCGCGCUCGUCUACCUGUCGUACGAAGGCCGCAACGCGCAGAUUGUGACGUCCAAGAGUUCCGAAAUGAAUGUGGCGUUCCCAGCGUCCGCCAACUCGGAGGACUACAUCGAGAGACCGAUCCCGGAACAAUUUGUCCAUCGCAUCACGGACGACAACACAGUCACGUCCACCGUAUCGGACCUGUACUCGCACUAAUUUUGGUGCCUGUGUAUACAUGGGGGACAGCUGAAUACAGAUACCAGCUCGUGAUAAAACUUGCGCUGUUCUGCGUCCUCAGCAUAAGGACUAAACAGACGGAUCGACCCUUCCGUCGACAUGUCGGGCGUUAUUCAAGUCGCAAAAGUGGAUAGAGACUGGAGGAACAGCGCUGGACUGGCUGUCCAUCGCGAUGGUAGUUGUGGAAAUGACACCAAGUUGAUACCAGUUGGGACGUGACAGUACUGAACGCUGCGGUGUGGGCAAUGCGUUGGCCUAAAGGAAUCGAGAAUUUGCG